AUGGACUCCCCUUCCAACAACUUAUUGCCACAAUCUCUCUCAAUACCAAGUGGACGGCCGAAGCGAGCGGCAGUGAGCGAGGAACCCGGCCAGAAACCUAAGAAACCUAAGAAACCCAAUAGCGAGAUACGGAAGCAACAAAAUAGGAUAGCUUCACGCAACUAUCGAGAGAAGCGCAAACGCAAGCUUCAAUACCUCCAACAGUUGGUCAACAAUGAUUCAGACAGCCAUCAGGACCCAGAACCUUCGCCAGAACAACACAAGAUAUAUCCGCGCUCCCUAUCUGCAGACUGCCAGAUCGCAGGCCCAAGUUCGUCACCCUAUACAGUGCCGUCCGAUCGUGCUCUACAUGCGAACAGCGCAGUCGUAACACAGGCUAUACUGGCUGCUACUGUCGCGUCUUUCGAUACGAACCAUGUCCCAGCCGAGCAAGCAUAUUCUCCUUAUCAACCUAGCUGGAACGCGUCCGUUUACUCUCCACCUCCACCAGCGAACAUACCCUGGAAUAUGCCGCCAGCGUGGAUGGAGAGCCUCGCGUAUCCUCCCCAAGCUACCAUCACUCGACCACCCAUGUACAGAUACAACGAUCAUCCAGCACAUUCGACAUUCCAGCAAGUGCAUACAACACCCGCACCCUCACAUUUCCCCAGCGAACCUCUCCCGAGCCCGAAUUUGUAUGGCUACAGCGCGGAUUACACAUAUCACAGCCAGACAUCUAGCAAUCUCAACCAUGACGUGUUUGGACACGAUGGCUCGCUCUUUGAGCAGCCAGUUUUCAUCUGA